CGCGAGAUCAUUUGAUUUUUUCACCAUCUUCCUCGUAUAUUAUAUGGACCCUUGGAAUGCUUGGGUGCCCUAGGCUUGCUCUUUAGCCGCGUCGCUCAUACUCUUUCAUUUCAUAGACAUCCCAGUCAUCUAUCUCCUGCGACCCCCUUAGCAGCUUCACCAUAGUAGAGAUGGAGUCUCUCAGAGCUCGAACUGUAGCUAUUGUAGGCGCAGGUCCAUCUGGCCUGGUAGCCGCUAAGUAUCUGCGUGCGGAGCAAGCCUUCGACAAGAUUAUCCUGUUUGAGCAGCGAAGUAGAUCGGGCGGGAUAUGGAAUUAUACUCCCGAUGAUCGAGAUGAGGAUCUAUUCACUAUCCCUCAGACAGAUCCUAGAGGUCAGAAUCUGGAUCCAAUAUGGCGGGUGAGGACGGCCGACUCCACUACGCCUAACGAAACGAACGGUGCAGACGGCGUGGCGAGAGUCUCCUCGUUUCUCUCGCCUAUCUACGAGAGACUUGAGACUAAUAUCCCGAGGGGUCUGAUGGGCUUUCAAGAUUUGGAUUGGCCGCAAGAUAGCCAGCUAUUUCCGAAACAUGAGACAGUUCUCGACUACAUUGAGGAGUAUGGGAAAGACGUACAGGACCUGGCGCAAUACGAAACGCAAGUGACAAGCAUCGAACCUGCAGACGAGGACUACAGCGGGAAAUGGAAGGUGCUGACCCGGAAUCUUAGGACGAAUGAGCAACAAGAGGAUGUAUAUGACGCAGUCAUCGUAGCAAACGGCCACUUCAUCGUCCCGUACAUACCAGAUAUUCCAAAUAUAAAGGAGUGGAAUGAGAAAUACCCGGGCGCCAUUUUGCAUUCCAAGUACUACCGAAAACCGGAAGAGUUCGCCGACAAGAAAGUGAUCGUGGUCGGCAACUCCGCCUCCGGCGUCGACAUCAGCAGCCAAAUCACCGCCUUCUCAAAGCUUCCCGUUCUAUGGUCCAGCAAGUCCACCUCCAUGUUCAAGCCGGCAUCCGACACCCGCAAGCGCGAACUUCCCCCAAUCUCCGCAUUUUGCCCAGAAAGCCGCGGCGUGAUUUUCGAAGACGGUACCGUGGAGACGGACAUCGACGCCAUCGUGUUUGCCACGGGAUAUUUCUACAGCUUGCCGUUCCUGGAGAAUGUGCGGCCGAGAUUGAUCGAAGACGGAUCACACGUCCAGCACACCUACCAACACCUUUUCUACGCGCCGCGCCCCACGCUCUCUUUCCUCGUUCUCAAUCAACGCGUAAUCCCCUUCCCAAUCGCAGAGGCGCAAUGUUCUGUCCUCGCUCGCGUGUACUCCGGUCGCCUACCUCUUCCAUCCCGCGCCGAAAUGAGGAAGUGGGAAGAGACAACGAUCGCCGAGAUGGGCAACGGGCGCGACUUUCAUCUCCUACCGUUUCCAAAAGACGGGAACUACAUCAACGAAAUGUCGAAUUGGGCUUUGAGUGCGCCACCGAGGGAGGAACUGGAGAAUGAUGGAAAAGGGAAGAUACCGCCGAAAUGGGGAGAAUGGGAGUUCUGGUGUCGCGAGAACUUUCCUGCUAUUCGAGCGGCGUUUGGUGCGAAGGGAGAGGAGAGACACAACAUCCGGACCCUGGAAGAGGUGGGAUUCAGUUAUCAGGAGUAUUUGGAUAAGAAGGCUAGGGAAGAGGGUAAGAUGAUAUAACUUUUGCUCUCUGAUAGAAGGACGUGCUCUCGACACCUCCCUAAUUCUCCUUCCGCAUCCUCUUACGUAUUAUAUCAGUUACAGCUUCAGACUACCGGGAGCAAACCGUUCUCGAACUUAUCAUCCUGGAUAUAUUCACCUUCGAGACACAAUUAAGCACUACUCUUGGCUUUCCUACGCGAUUAUACGAGUGCGAUUUGUAGUCCGAAUGCAACACUCACCGGAAACAUCACCAUGCCUUAGGGGCCUUUAGCGCUUACGUCGGUAUAAACGCUUAUAUCAGAGGUAAUUUACUAGGUGAAAAUG